GAGGCGCCGCGGCUCUAGCGCCCCUGUUAUUGUUACACUGUAUCGGGUUCGGGGUUACACUGGCCCCGCCCUUCCCCCUCGGGCGGAGAAGCUGGGCGCGGGCCGGAGCCGCCCCGCAGGGACUCGCUCAGGAUGCCGAUCAACAAAUCUGAGAAGCCGGACAAGCCUGAGAGCUGUGAUAAUGUCAAGGUUGUUGUCCGUUGCCGACCUUUCAAUGAAAGAGAGAAAGUAAUGUGCUACAAGAUGGCAGUUAAUGUUGAUGAAAUGAGGGGAACCAUUACUGUUCAUAAAACAGACUCUUCCAAUGAACCUCCAAAGACAUUUACAUUUGAUACAGUUUUUGGACCAGAGAGUAAACAGCUUGAUGUCUAUAACUUAACUGCGAGACCAAUUAUUGACUCUGUUCUGGAAGGAUACAAUGGCACCAUCUUUGCAUAUGGACAGACUGGCACAGGCAAAACUUUUACCAUGGAAGGUGUACGAGCUGUUCCUGAACUUAGAGGAAUCAUCCCCAAUUCAUUUGCCCAUAUAUUUGGUCACAUUGCAAAGGCAGAGGGGGACACAAGAUUUUUGGUUCGAGUGUCUUACUUGGAAAUUUACAAUGAAGAAGUGCGCGACUUGCUCGGAAAAGACCAGACACAGAGACUAGAGGUUAAAGAGAGACCUGAUGUGGGAGUUUAUAUCAAAGAUCUUUCAGCUUAUGUUGUAAACAAUGCAGAUGAUAUGGACAGAAUCAUGACACUAGGCCACAAAAACCGUUCUGUUGGUGCCACUAAUAUGAAUGAGCACAGUUCUCGCUCCCAUGCCAUCUUCACUAUUACCAUUGAGUGCAGCGAGAAGGGUGUUGAUGGAAACAUGCAUGUUCGUAUGGGCAAGCUGCACCUUGUAGAUCUAGCUGGGUCAGAAAGGCAGACAAAAACUGGAGCCACUGGGCAACGACUAAAGGAAGCCACAAAAAUUAACCUUUCGCUUUCCACUCUUGGGAAUGUUAUUUCUGCAUUGGUGGAUGGCAAGAGCACUCACGUGCCCUAUCGUAACUCUAAAUUGACUCGACUUCUUCAGGAUUCCCUGGGGGGCAACUCAAAAACCAUGAUGUGUGCAAAUAUUGGUCCGGCAGACUAUAAUUAUGAUGAGACUAUCAGCACACUAAGAUAUGCCAACCGUGCCAAAAACAUCAAGAAUAAGGCCAGAAUUAAUGAAGAUCCCAAGGAUGCCUUGCUCCGUCAGUUUCAAAAAGAAAUUGAAGAACUUAAAAAAAAGCUGGAGGAAGGGGAAGAGAUAUCUGGCUCUGAUAUCAGUGGUUCUGAAGAUGAAGAUGAAGAAGAUGAUGGGGAGGUUGGAGAGGAUGGAGAAAAGCGUAAAAAACGAAGGGAUCAAGCAGGCAAGAAGAAAGUUUCCCCAGAUAAAAUGGUAGAGAUGCAAGCCAAGAUCGAUGAAGAGAGAAAAGCACUUGAAACCAAGCUUGACAUGGAAGAGGAAGAGAGAAACAAAGCCAGGGCUGAACUGGAGAAGAGAGAGAAAGAUCUGCUCAAAGCCCAACAGGAACACCAGUCGCUGCUGGAGAAGUUAUCAGCUCUGGAGAAGAAGGUGAUUGUGGGAGGUGUGGACUUGCUGGCAAAAGCUGAGGAGCAGGAGAAACUUCUAGAGGAAUCUAACAUGGAGCUUGAAGAGCGAAGGAAAAGAGCCGAGCAGCUUCGCAAAGAGCUUGAGGAAAAAGAGCAAGAGCGCCUGGACAUUGAGGAGAAGUACACCAGCCUGCAGGAGGAGGCACAGGGCAAGACCAAGAAGCUGAAGAAAGUCUGGACAAUGCUAAUGGCUGCAAAAUCAGAGAUGGCAGAUCUGCAACAGGAACAUCAGAGAGAGAUUGAAGGAUUGCUGGAGAAUAUUCGGCAGCUCAGCAGGGAGCUUCGUCUUCAAAUGCUCAUCAUAGAUAACUUCAUUCCUCAGGACUACCAGGAAAUGAUUGAAAACUAUGUUCACUGGAAUGAAGACAUUGGAGAAUGGCAGUUGAAAUGUGUUGCAUAUACAGGGAACAACAUGAGAAAACAGACCCCAGUACCAGAUAAAAAGGAAAAAGAUCCCUUCGAGGUGGACCUUUCCCAUGUUUAUCUAGCUUACACAGAAGAGAGCCUGAGGCAGUCUUUGAUGAAGUUAGAGAGGCCGAGGACUUCAAAAGGAAGAUCAAGGCCUAAAACCAGUAGAAGAAAACGUUCAGCAAAGCCAGGAGCCGUAAUUGACUCUCUGCUUCAGUAGGUGUUAUGCAUUCAGCGUCAGAGUAAAGAUGAAUGUGUGUUGUAAUGCUUUGCUAAAAUUCAUAGUUCAUUAGAAAAUAUUGAGGAACUGGCACAAUUUGACCAGAAGGGGCUACAAAACAAUGCCUCAUCAGUAAACAAAAAUGAACUUGUUUCUCUAAUUACCCUUAUACUGUAUGUUAUAUUAACAUAUGUUAAACCAAUAUAUGUGUUGUUGCAAAAUUGUCAGUGUAUUACACCACUCUUUGUGUUGUGCAGGAAAACCAUUGGCAGUAACCCUUGUCGAAAUGAAAUGUAUAGAAAGCAAGAACUCUAGGUGUUUAAAUUUUAAAAAUAUUAGCCCAGCGGUAGAUAGACCCUGAACUUUAAAUCCCGAUAACUCUGUUUUAUGUCCUGCUUUGUACAUAAACUAGCAGCUUACACUGUUGUCCUGUGUUGCACUGUUAUAUGUUUUCAUGUGGUGGGUAUAAAUCCAUGAUAUAACUCAAUCUGAAUACUGAGCCCCUUUCCUUGGCUAUUUAAAUACUCCCUAAUUGUAGCUGUUAUUUGAAUUCCAUACAUUAAAUGACUAAUUGUCUUUCUGUUCCUUUAGUAACUGACAUAUGUAGACUUACUGUAUAUUGUUGCAUAAAGAGUGACUGUUUUUAAAAUCUAAACUGUACAAAUUCAAGAACACUGGGCAAGGGACAACGUUUUGUUUAGUUUCAGUACAAAUGAAAACAAAGCUGUUUAGUUUCAUUUUAUUUGAAGUGCUGUUGUCCUUUUAUUUACUGUUUAAAUGCACACAGUCUCUAGGCAACAACUCUUUGACUACUUUUUUGAGGGUGGCCAUCGCUGAAGAAAAUGCAAGAGAAUAUAUUUUACUCUUUUGAAGGCUGCUUUGCACUGUUGCUUUGACUGCGCUCGCACUGGGUGGAGGAUGUGUAACUGAUCUCUCUGAUUGUAACUGAGCCUUGCUUUUUUUGUAUGAAUUGCUCUACUCUCAAUAUGGAUGGACAAGAUAAAAUCGUAGUAUGUUAAAGAGAGUGUCACAAACCCAUAAUAUAGCUCAGGCUAGGUGUUUUCAGAGCUUGUGGCUAGCUUUCUCACCCUUGGCCCUAAUGUUUUGGGGACAAUGCUCUAUUGACCAAUGAUGAAUUUGGACCCUUUAUAUUUUAAAAUAGAGAGGUGCUUCCUUUACUUCCCGUGCCCAGGUAAUGGUAACAUCCACACAAAAGUUGGUCCUGUCUACACCCAAGUAGUCUUUUGUUUUCCAUUACACUUAGAGACUGUAGCUUAAUUUCUUCUAAAAUCAUUAUCCUUUGCAUUGAGUGGCUGCUGAUUUACUAGUUCGGUUGAUCCCCCUGAAAACUGUGCUGCUACUAAACAUUUAACAUUUUAAUAUAUUGCUUUUGUGAUACAGGAGAAAUUAUUGUUCUGUCGUCUUGCGCAUAUUAUGUAAGUAGUGCUGGACCACAUCAGUUACAGAUGUCAUAAAUCUUCAUAAACCCAUUGAUGAUUAAUGUCCAUAACUUCAGUAUAACCUUACAAUGUUGCAUGGAGUGUAAAAAGCUGUGACUGCUGAUGUGAAAAGAUGGAGUCCCUAAACAAAAGCAUAGCACUGUUCCACUGCAAGUGUAAUGCAUUCAUUCUGGUAACAUGUUACAUGGUUCUGGUUACAGUUAGUUGCAAUAUUCUUUCUGUAGUGUGCAAAAUAUUUAAAAAUUCAUCAAAAUACCAUGUGUUCAUGUCCCCUUCUUAGUACUGUGACCGGUAGCUGUGUCUUGUGGAUCUAUAUGCAAGUGUAAGAUGCACAGUUUGGCAGUUAAAAUUUGGUCUCACAAGAACAUAUUUAACUCUGAGAAUUUCAGUAGCAUUCUGGCUAAGCUCUGCUGUCCUUUCUUUUUUAAAAAUCCAUUUCUUUCAAUCUGCCCAAAUGUCUACACUGCGAUUAAACAACGUGGUUGGCCCGUGUCAGCUAACUCCGGCUCGGGGACUGUAAAAUUGCAGUGUAGCUGUUUGGGCUUGGGUUGGAAUCCAGGCUCUGGGACCCUGUGAGGGGGAAUGCUCCAGCCCUAGCCUGAAAAUCUGCACCACAAUUUGACAGCUCUGCAGCCUGUGAAGUCAGCUGAGCUGGGCUAGCUGUGGGUGUUUAAUUGCAGGGUAGGCAUACUCAGUGUCUUCACCCAGGAGCAAAACUUACUGUGCAGUGUGGAAUUUUUUUGAAAAGCAAUUGGAACUAUCGUUUUUAAGUUUAUACAAGAUUUAAGUAAAACUUCUAGCAGAUUUCUUUUUUUAUAGCACAGUAUUUAAAUAAGAGGGAAUUCAUCAAGCUCUUCCCCAAAAUGAGGUGUAUUUGCAUCUCAUCUUGAAGAAAAAUUAAAGUAUUGGUACAUAAAUGUAUCUUACUGUGAAUGUGCAGUAAACUUGAUUAAACGUCCUAUUUUACCUAACUUGUAUACUUUGUCAUACCUGCUAAAAAGACUGGAGAGAGACCAUAAUGGCUCAGAAGUCAUUGCUAUGGACCCAGGCCUGCACCAGGGUCCGUGCAAGAGAACCUCUGCAGCCGCAGGAAGCCAAAGCUUCAUAUGGGCUUCUGGAGCCAUGUGCUCCGUGUAGAAUUGGGGCCAGUGUCAGUAAUAUAAGAUCUGGGGUUCCUCGGCUUUGAUGAUAAAAAUUAAUCCCAUUAUGACCUUGCUGCAGUAGGAUCUAGCAACUAGGCGAAUAAACAAUUCCUCCUUAAUCAGUGCUUUUUAUAAAUGAUCUUACCAAAUUGUCUGUCUGGCAGACCAUUAAUGGCACCUUGAAGGUGCCAUUGUGAGCCAUUCUACCCAGACCAAAACAUUAAAUGAUUAACUCUAAAAGUAGCUUUGCUACAGUGGAACAGGUCUGUAAAAGACAAGUCCCUGAUAAACAAAUGUUACUUGUCGUCUUAACUACUGUUAUACAGCUUUUCUGUGUGUCUGUUUGUUUUUAAAAAAGGAAGCUUCUUGGGUCAUUUCUAUCUUUUAUACCAAUUUGCACAUAAAACCAGCAUGCACCAUGAUAGACUUGCUGGCUGUGAUGCUGUCACAGCUUUGGCUUUGGAGUACAAAAUCCUUUGCGAUUAAAAAGGAGAAACUUUUAAAUGAAAUACUUUUAAGUAGGUUCAGUUUAUAUUUAUGAAGCUUGACUGAUCUUUGAGAGGUUUGAAUGUUUGUCUGAGUAUGGGCAUUAUUUUUAAAGUUGCUAAAUAUGCAUCUGGACUACAGAUUUACCCUGCAGCUCUUGGAUUAUCUGCAGGCUUAUUCUGUCCAUAGCUCCUUUUUAAAUCUUUUUUAAAUUUAUGCUUUAGCCAAUACAGCUAUUCUGGUCUCAGCUCAGUCUUUCCUUAACUCACGCUCUUUUGUGUGGGCGUGUCCGUUUGUUUUCCUCCCAGUUUCCUCUGUUCAGGAGUGUUGGCCUUAACACGGACAUUUCCUGGGCCUUUUGUUGGUUUGUUACAUUCUUAACACUGCUUUUAAUAGAGCAUAUUUUGCAUUUAAUUUUUUCCUGGUCCUGGGACUGCUAGAAGACGGGGAGGGGUAGGGAUCUUCUUUAGUGCCUUUCACUAACUUAUACUGUAGUCUGCACACUUUAAAUUAUAGCUAUUUCUCUUUAGUUCUGUUUCACCCAUUUGUAUAUAGGCAAGAAAUUCUAGUUGUACAAUUACUCCCUAUUUAUUGUUUUGCUAAGGUUGUUGGAAGUGUUGUUUCUGAUUAUUCACUGUAUUUUAUGUAUCACUUAUGUUUGUUACAUUGUACAUACCAGUAUUGUGUCUACAUGGUGCAUGUUCUUGCCAAGGAAUAAAAAUUUGA